AUGUCCUCCAGCAAGAUCAAUUUCAUCAUUGGGAACAAGAACAAGCUUGUUGAAGCUAGAACAAUCCUGGGUGAUACGGGUCCUCUUUCAGAAAUUGCGCGAGACAAGUGUCAAAAAGCAGCUAUAGCAGUCAAUGGCCCUGUCUUGACAGAGGAUAGUGCCCUUGAAUUCAGGGCACUCAAAGGUUUACCUGGGCCAUAUAUGCAUGUCCGAUAUCAAUUGCUGUCAUGGUCUUCUCUAAUACCUCCCAGAAAGUCGUUCUACUCUGCUCUAGGUGAUGAUGGCCUAUGCAAACUACUCGCCGGCUAUGACGACAAAGCAGCCACGGCCGUAUGUACAGUUGCCUUCUCUGCCGGCCCAGGAUCUGAGCCGCUCCUUUUUCAGGGACAUACGGAAGGCAAAAUCGUCGAUAAAAGGGGAGAAAGUGGGUUUGGUUUUGAUCCCAUCUUUGAAGUCGAAGGCCAAACCUAUGCAGAAAUGAGUUUUGCAUACAAGAAUACGGUUUCUGAGAGGUUCAAAGCCCUGGAGAAAUUGCAGGACUGGCUGAGGAAUACAGCAUGA